CAGACCAAAGUUUUUAUUUGUUAUACAUGCAUUUUAACUGUUUUUAAUUUUGGUUUAUAUAAAACUUUAAUGCAAAACUUGAGUGUAGAGAAAUAUAAAUUUUUGUGUACGUUUAAUUAAAGCAAUUCGAAAUUAUUUAGUGUCAGGACCGCCAACAAAACACAUUUUAGGUUUUAGGUUAUGUCUAUGUUAGUUUGACAUUUAAGAUGUCGCGUCAACAACACGAUGACGAAUUAUUCGAAAUAAAAAACUUCUUUUACAUCGGAAAUUAUCAACAAUGCAUAAAUGAGGCACAAAAACUACGCAAGCCGUCGACCCCCGAGGUGGCGACCCAACGCGACAUUUUCACCUACCGCUCCUACAUGGCCCAAAACAAAUUCCUGGUUGUACUCGACGAAAUCAAGCCAUCAUCACCCGAGGAAAUACAACCUUUAAGACUUCUCGCUGAAUAUUUAUCCUCCAAACAAAAACGCGAAUCUAUCGUCUCCCAAAUUGACCAAAAACUGGCCGCCAACGUUGAAAGCGACAUCCUUGCACUAGUUGCAGCAACAAUUUAUGUCAAUCAGAAUAAUCUCGAAGCGGCGUUUCGUGUUUUGCACACGUCUGAAAGCUUGGAAGCUUUGGCUUUUAUUAUUGAUAUUUUGCUAAAGAUUGAUCGCGUGGAUUUAGCCAGAAAGAAGUUGAAGGAAAUGCAGGAGAAAGACGACGAUGCUACGUUAACACAGUUGGCACAAGCUUGGGUCAAUAACGCUAGUGGUGGGGAAAAGUUGCAAGAUGCCUACUACAUCUACCAAGAGUUGGUUGAAAAAUAUGGGGCUACACCUUUGUUACUUAAUGGACAAGCUGUAGCUUUAAUAGGCCAAGGGAAAUACGAGGAGGCUGAAAGUGCCCUACAGGAGGCUUUAGACAAAGACGCUAAUUAUUCAGAUACUUUAAUAAACCUUAUUGUUUUACAUAAACACACAGGGAAAACACCUGAGAUUGCAAGUAGGUAUUUGUCUCAGUUGAAAGAUGCCCAGCCAGAUCAUCCGUACAUUAGAGACUUGAAACAGAAAGAAAGCGAAUUUUCAAGGAUUUGUAAACAGUAUGGUCCCUCAGUUUCAACCAUUCCAGCCUAAAAUUUGUGAAAACAACCAUAUUUUUGUUGCAAGAGUUUUAUAUAACGUUUAACUUAAUUGUAUUGAAAUAAAGCAGAUAACCGAU